AUGGCGGCACUGAGCAACGAUCAUGCGGUGGGUGAGGAGGUCUUCGAGGAGGGCGACGCCCCCAAGGAUCAAAAGACCAUCCACCGCAUCCGGGCGAACUCUACUAUAAUGCAACUGAGCAAGAUUCUGGUUGCAAACCGUGGUGAAAUUCCCAUUCGUAUUUUCAGAACAGCUCAUGAGCUUUCAUUGCACACCAUUGCAGUCUUCAGUUAUGAGGACCGUCUCAGCAUGCACAGGCAAAAGGCCGACGAGGCCUACGUCAUUGGCAAGCGCGGACAGUACACCCCUGUUGGCGCUUAUCUCGCGGGCGACGAGAUUAUCAAGAUCGCACUCGAGCAUGGCGCCCAGAUGAUCCACCCUGGUUACGGGUUCUUGUCUGAGAAUGCCGAAUUCGCGAAGAACGUCGAGAAGGCUGGCCUUAUCUUCGUCGGACCUACGGCCGAAGUUAUCGACGCCCUCGGCGACAAGGUUUCCGCUCGCAAGUUCGCCAUCAAGGCAAACGUGCCCGUCGUUCCCGGGACAGAGGGUGCCGUGGAGAAGUACGAGGAGGUCAAGAGCUUCACCGACGAAUAUGGCUUCCCCAUCAUCAUCAAGGCCGCAUACGGAGGUGGUGGCCGCGGCAUGCGUGUCGUCCGGGACCAAGAGUCGCUGAAGGAGAACUUUGAGCGAGCCACAUCCGAGGCAAAGUCCGCUUUUGGCAAUGGCACUGUCUUUGUCGAGCGUUUCCUUGACAAGCCCAAGCACAUCGAGGUCCAGCUGCUCGGAGACAACCACGGCAACAUUGUCCACCUGUACGAGCGUGACUGCUCCGUUCAGAGGCGGCACCAGAAGGUCGUCGAGAUCGCCCCGGCCAAGGACCUGCCCACAGAGACCCGCGACGCCAUGCUCAACGAUGCCGUCCGACUAGCCAAGUCCGUCGGUUACCGCAACGCGGGUACCGCCGAGUUCCUUGUCGACCAACAGAACCGGUACUACUUCAUCGAGAUCAACCCCCGUAUCCAGGUCGAGCACACCAUCACCGAGGAGAUCACUGGCAUCGAUAUCGUUGCCGCCCAGAUCCAGAUUGCUGCCGGCGCGACUCUGGCUCAGCUCGGCCUCACACAGGACCGCAUCUCUACCCGGGGUUUCGCUAUCCAAUGCCGAAUCACCACCGAGGACCCGUCCAAGAGCUUCCAGCCCGACACUGGCCGCAUCGAGGUGUACCGCAGUGCUGGUGGUAAUGGCGUACGUCUCGAUGGUGGAAACGGCUUUGCUGGUGCUGUUAUCACUCCUUACUACGAUUCUCUGCUUACCAAGAUGACUUGCCAUGGCUCCACGUACGAGAUUGCUCGGCGCAAGGUCUUGAGAGCCAUCAUUGAGUUCAGAAUUCGUGGUCUCAAGACGAACAUCCCCUUCCUUGCGUCUCUCCUGACGCAUCCGACGUUCAUUGACGGUCAAUGCUGGACGACAUUCAUCGAUGAUACUCCACAGCUCUUUGACCUCAUGGGCUCUCAGAAUCGUGCCCAGAAAUUGCUGGCAUACCUCGGCGAUCUCGUCGUUAACGGGAGCAGCAUUAAGGGACAGGUGGGUGAGCCUAAGUUCAAGGGCGAGAUUAUCAUUCCUGAACUUCUCGACGAUGCCGGCCACAAGAUUGAUGUCACCCGCCCCUCAACUAAGGGCUGGCGAAACAUCAUCCUGGAGCAAGGCCCUGCGGCCUUCGCGAAGGCUGUCCGUGAAUAUAAGGGCACUCUGCUCAUGGAUACCACAUGGAGAGAUGCUCAUCAGUCCCUGCUGGCCACCCGUGUACGGACUGUCGACCUAUGCAACAUUGCCAAGGAGACAAGCCACGCCCUAGCCAACCUGUACAGUUUGGAGUGCUGGGGUGGAGCAACGUUUGAUGUUGCUAUGCGAUUCCUCUACGAAGACCCCUGGGACAGGCUGCGAAAGAUGCGCAAGCUUAUUCCCAACAUCCCCUUCCAGAUGCUUCUUCGUGGUGCUAACGGUGUGGCAUACUCGUCUCUGCCCGACAACGCCAUUGAUCACUUCGUCGACCAGGCGAAGAAGAACGGUGUCGAUAUCUUCCGUGUUUUCGACGCUCUGAACGACAUUGACCAGCUUGAGGUUGGCAUUAAGGCUGUUCACAAGGCCGGCGGUGUUGUUGAGGGUACCGUGUGCUACUCGGGAGACAUGUUGAACCCUAAGAAGAAGUACAACUUGGAGUACUACCUCGACCUGGUUGACAAGCUCGUCAAGCUUAACAUCCACGUCCUCGGCGUGAAGGAUAUGGCUGGUGUGCUCAAGCCCCACGCCGCGAAGCUGCUGAUCGGUGCAAUCCGCAAGAAGUACCCAGACCUGCCAAUUCACGUGCACACCCACGACUCGGCCGGUACGGGUGUGGCUUCCAUGGUUGCUUGCGCUGAGUAUGGCGCUGAUGCCGUCGACGCAUGCAGUGACAGCAUGUCUGGUAUGACAUCUCAGCCCAGCAUCAACGCUCUCCUUGCCUCCCUUGAGGGAACCAACCUGGAUCCUGGCCUGAACGUCCACCAUGUCCGUGCCCUGGACACCUACUGGUCUCAGCUCCGUCUGCUGUACUCGCCGUUUGAGGCUCACCUUGCAGGUCCCGACCCUGAGGUGUACGAGCACGAAAUCCCCGGUGGUCAGCUCACAAACAUGAUGUUCCAGGCACAGCAGCUCGGCUUGGGCUCACAAUGGCUCGAGACCAAGAAGGCCUACGAGCAAGCCAACGAUCUCCUUGGUGACAUUGUCAAGGUCACACCGACUUCCAAGGUUGUUGGUGACCUUGCCCAGUUCAUGGUGUCGAACAAGCUUUCCGAGGAGGAUGUCAAGGCGCGGGCCAAGGAGCUCGACUUCCCUGGCUCAGUCCUCGAGUUCCUCGAGGGCUUGAUGGGUCAACCUUACGGUGGCUUCCCUGAGCCACUCCGCUCAGAUGCCCUCCGUGGACGCAGGAAGCUGGACAAGCGCCCCGGUCUGUUCCUUGAGCCUGUCGACUUUGCCAAGGUCAGGCGCGAUCUCAGAAAGAAGUACGACGGUGAGAUCACUGAAUGCGACGUCGCUUCGUACGUCAUGUACCCCAAGGUCUUCGAGGACUACAAGACCUUCACCCAGAAAUUCGGCGACCUCUCGGUCCUCCCGACUAAGUUCUUCCUCACUAAGCCGGAGAUCGGCGAGGAGUUCCACGUCGAGCUCGAGAAGGGCAAGGUUCUUAUCUUGAAGCUUCUCGCCAUCGGGCCCCUGACGGAGCACACCGGCCAGCGAGAGGUGUUCUACGAGAUGAACGGUGAGGUCCGACAAGUCACAGUCGACGAUAAGUUGGCCAGCGUCGAGAACGUCAGCCGCCCCAAGGCCGAUCCCAGCGACAGCAGCCAGGUCGGUGCGCCCAUGGCUGGUGUGUUGGUGGAGCUCCGCGUCCACGAGGGCACCGAGGUCAAGAAGGGAGAUCCUCUGGCUGUUCUCAGCGCCAUGAAGAUGGAAAUGGUCAUCUCUGCACCUCACAACGGCAAGGUAUCGUCACUCCAGGUCCGCGAGGGCGACUCGGUCGACGGCACGGAUCUGGUCUGCAAGAUCCUCAAGGGCUAA